UAUACACUAUAUUGCCAAAGGUAUUGGCCCCGCCCUCCCAAUCAUGUGAUUCAGGUGUUCCAAUCCCCUCCAUGGACACAGGUGUAUACAAUCAAGCCCCUAGGCAUGCAGACUGCUUCUACACACAUUGGUGAAAGAAUGGGUCGCUCUCAGGAGCUCAGUGACUCCAAGCGUGGUCCCGUGAUAGGUGGCCACCUGGGCAAUAAGUCCAUCCGUGACAUUUCCUGGCUACUAAAUAUUCCACGCUCAACUGUUAGUGGAAUUAUAACAAAGUGGAAGCAACUGGGAACAACAGCCACUCAGCCACCAAGUGGUAGGCCAGGUCACAUGACAGGGGCGGGGUCAGCGCAUGCUGAAGCGCACAGUGCGCAGAAGUCCCCAACUGUCUGCAGAGUCAAUAGCUAAAGACCUCCAAACUUGGUGUGGCCUUCAGAUGAGCCCAACAACAGUGCGUAGAGAGCUUCAUGGAAUGGGUUUCCAUGGCCGAGCAGCUGCAUCCAAGCCUUCCAUCACCAAGUGCAAUGCAAACCGUCAGAUGCUGUGGUGUAAAGCACGCUGCCACUGGACUCUAGAGCAGUGGAAAGACGUGUUCUCUGGAGUGACCAAUCACGCUUCUCUGUCUGGCAAUCUGAUGGACAUGUCUGGGUUUGGCGGUUGCCAGGAGAACGGUACUUGCCUGACUGCAUUGUGCCA